ACUGCACCAAAGAACAAACAGCUAGCAAGCCUUUACUGUCAGCAGCAAAGUUGGCACGCAGCCGAUCUUUAUGUAGACAUACAUUCAGUUAGUUCUGGAUGGAUUAAUUUGCAAGAUAUUGUAGAAGUUUCGGUAGAUAUUAAACCAGCGGGACGACACGUGGCAUUCAGUGUAACAAUUCCUGUGUAUGUCAGUUAACGUUAGCUGUUAGUAUAAACAAGCCAGCAGAUCACGAGUCUCUCCUGGACCUAGCUACCGUUGGCUUGCAAGCUACGCAGCAGACUGUUUUUAGCUAACUAUCGCUACUUACAAGGUUAAAAUAUCUACUUUGGCAUUUAUAUGCGACCUUUUCUAUAGUUUCACACAGUCUCCGCAUUGUGCGAAGAGGAAUAUGUCAAUAUUGUUUUGUUGUCUGAACAGUGGGCUACAUUUCAUUAAGACUCCAGGAAUGUAUUUCUGUAAGUUAGCUACACCCUGUCCUCAGGAUGAAAACACGAACUCAUUCUCUUCUAUCAUAAUCCCUGAGGCAGUGGCCGUGAAUGUAUUGCUUGUAAAACUCAACACCAGUUAACACGGUUCCAUUUUUAAUGGUAACUUACUUUUAUUAGUGCACUUGUUAACACCUAGAAUAAUCCCCAAAACACAUUGACCCAAGGUUUCUUUAGAGGUUAAACCUCCGCGCAGACAGAUGCUGUUAGAAGAAUCCUGCUGAAUGUUUCAGCAGUGCAACUUAUGCGGCUUGUUUCACAUUUGUAUUGACUCUAUACCUUGAUUCUAUGGAAUUUAAGUACAGGAAUGACAAUGGGACCAGCUCAGAAAUAAAAUCCACAAAAAUGAAAAACGGAGGCAAAACAUUUUUCAAGAAGGCACCUAAUUUACAAGAUUUUACUUAUCCGACUGGUAAUAACACAGUAAACUAAAAUAACGUUUCCCCUGUUAUUCAUUAUGUGAUUCUCGUUUCCCUAAUGGCUGUCAUGACAAAGGUCACAGACACUCUGAUUCCUGGUGUUAUUUAAAUCUAAUUAAUGCAUGUCAUCAUGUAUUUGAAUGUUUUUCCAUGUCAUAGAGGGUAAGGAAGGCUUUGUUUACAUAGGGCCAAAAUACAAAAAGCCAGCAGUCAUUGUCUUGCGUGACUCAGUCUUUUUUCCAAAGUUUGUUCUAGGUGACCCCCAGAUGUUACUAGUUGGCAGUUCUCUGGCGUGAUAACUCUGCGGGCUUUAUACUGAGGACCUCAGAAAGUGGAAGAAGCAUGUGAGAUGUACUGCAGAGCCGCCAACAUGUUCAAGAUGGCCAAGAACUGGAGCGCUGCUGGAAAUGCGUUUUGCAAGGCAGCACGUCUCCAUAUGCAACUGCAGAACAAACAUGACUGUGCCACCAGUUUCAUUGAUGCAGGAAAUGCUUACAAGAAGUCUGACCCCAAUGAGGCAAUCAAGUGUUUAAAUGCUGCCAUCGAUAUAUACACAGACAUGGGAAGAUUCACCAUCGCAGCCAAACACCACAUCAAUGUCGCAGAGAUCUACGAGUCUGAACUGGUGGAUAUCGAAAAGGCUGUUGCACAUUAUGAACAAGCAGCAGACUACUACAAAGGGGAAGAAUCCAACAGCUCUGCCAACAAGUGUCUGCUGAAGGUGGGGGCUUACUGUGCUCAGUUGGAGCAGUACCAGAAGGCUAUUGAGAUCUACGAGCAGGUUGGAGCCAACACGAUGGACAACCCAUUGCUGAAAUACAGCGCCAAAGAGUACUUCUUCAAAGCUUCCCUCUGUCAUUUCAUUGUCGACGAGCUCAACGCUAAGAUUGCUGUUGAAAAAUAUGAGGAGAUGUUCCCGGCUUUCUCAGACUCUCGGGAAUGCAAACUGUUGAAGAAGCUUCUUGAGGCUCACGAGGAACAGAACAGCGAAGCUUUCACAGAUGCAGUUAAGGACUUUGACUCCAUCUCCCGUCUGGACCAGUGGCACACAACCCUCCUGCUGCGCAUCAAAAAGACCAUCCAGGGCGACGAAGGGGAUUUGAAAUGAAAGAAGCCCAGGGGUAAAAAUGCAGCACGGAGGGACAAAUCCAUCACGCAUGCUUUCACACACAGACUCGCUCUCUCACACACACACACACACAGACACGCACACACUUCCCUGUGUAUAGCAUCUGGAGAUGAGUGUCUGCUGAUGACUUUUAAUAUUCCACUGCUCACUGCUAUACCGUCCGAGUACUAUCUUUGCUUUCCUUACGAGCGUAUCUGAAUCUAGUCGCCCUCACCUCUGUCUAGAGGAUUGCUGCAUACCUUUUCUGCUGAAAUCUGUCCUGGGGGGAUUUCAGAGCGGUAUAUUGUAUUGAAACUGAUGUUAGUAUUGACAACAAGCACUGCAUGACAUGUUUUGUACAAUUAUUGUUUCCUAGUCAGAUGCAGAUAGUUUUUUUUUUUUUUUUUUUUUUAAAUCUAGUUUAUUAUAUUAUUUAAACAGAUUGUUUGUUCUACAUAGGAUUAUCAUGGUGUGUAUGGAUUUCAAGAAUGUAUCAUAUUACUAUUUUUAUUUGUUGGAGUAGAAGGGAAAGGGUCCAAUCAAUGCCAUGAUUGUUCUUAAAACUAAAGUCAUUGCAGCCACACAAAAGGUGAUUUUUGUUUCCAUUUUGUCACCAAUGGGGGAGAGACUCUUCUUGUAGAAGGGCAAUGAUAUGCACCAAGUGUAGACUGUUAAACAUUUGUGUGUGGUUUCCACACAUUCAUACUUGCAUUACUUCAGGAUCAUUUAGGGCUGGGCGAUAUGGAGAAAAUCAAAUAUGGCGAUAUUUUUGUCCCAAUACCUCGAUAUCGAUAUUGCGGC